AUGUUUUCGUCAAAACAUUCGGCGUUUACAGGUGCAACCAAAGCGUUCAUCUUCAAGUCGUUGACUGGCCUCCUUCCAGCCCACAAAAUGAUACACAACACAUGGGAACAUCUAACAAAUUUAGAAUUAGCAGACCCUAAAUUCUACGUUCCAGCCCCGAUCGACAUACUUUUUGGCUCCGAUGUUUAUCCUGAUAUUGUGCUUCCAGAAAUAGUUCGCAAUGAUCAUGAAAUUGCACCAAUUGCUCAAAACACACAUCUAGGAUGGAUUGUCUUAGGGAAAAUUCCCGAGGUGAUCCCAAAAACCGUUAAGUGUUUCUUUCAUAUUAGACUCGUCAGGGAAGUCCGAAAAUUUUGGGAGAUUGAAGAAACUCCAUUCAUGAUCGAACUAUCCAAGGAAGAUGUCGCAUGUCAACUGCAUUUUGUAAAAACGACAAAAAGGAUGUCAGAUGGUCGAUAUGAAGUUGGCCUUCCAUUUAAAGAGGGAUUUCCUCCUGAACUAGGAUCUAGUAAAGAGACCGCAAUCAGGCGCUUUGAAUCAUUGGAACGAAGAUUUGAAAAGGAUCCAAAUCUGAAAGCGAGUUACAGCCAAUGUAUUAAGGAAUAUCUAAGCUUACAACACAUGGAGGAAGUGAAUGAAAACGACCCAAUCCUGAACACUCACUUUCAUUACUUUCUUCCUCAUCACGCUGUUUUCAAGGAAUCCAGCACGACAACAAAGCUGAGAGUUGUCUUUGAUGCUGCCGCAAAAACGUUUGAUGGGACAUCUUUGAACGAGCAUUUAUUAAUAGGUCCCAAGUUACAAAAAAAUAUAGUCGAUAUUAUUUUGAAAUGGCAAACGUAUCAAUACACCAUAACCGCUGAUAUAGAAAAGAUGUAUCGCCAAAUUCUAGUACAAGAAUCGAAUCAGUACUAUCAAUUAAUUCUUUGGAGAGAAAGCCCUGAGGAACCCUUAAAGGUCUUCAAACUCAAAACGGUUACGUUUGGCACAGCUUGUGCACCUUACUUGGCCAUCCGUGUCCUGCAGAAAUUAGCUGAAGAUGAAGCUGAAAGAUAUCCAAAUGGAGCUCUUGCAGUCACGGAGGAGAUGUACGUGGAUGAUCUCAUUACUGGAGGCGAUUCCAUCGAACAAACUCGAAUGAAACGAGAAGAAACUCGAAAUCUGCUGGCAUCGGCAGGACUCAAGCUUCGUAAAUGGACAUCGAACUGCAAGGAUCUUCUAGAAGACUUGCCCAAAGAAGAUUGCGAGAUAAGUUUUGAACUUCCACUUGGCUCAACUAAUCAUGUUAAAACAUUAGGUAUAAGCUGGCAGCCAGAAGAAGACACGUUUUCAUAUAAAACCUUUCAAGAUGAUACCGAAGAUGUAACCAAAAGGUCAAUGCUAUCGGCAAUUGCCAAGCUUUUUGAUCCACUUGGCUGGAUUGCACCAUGUGUAAUCAAAGCCAAGAUAAUGAUGCAACAAUUAUGGUGCAGAGGAACUAAUUGGGACGAUCCAAUUCCAGCAGAUCUUAAAGAAGAGUGGAUUAAGACACAAUAUACCCAAAAAUCAAUUCAAUUACAUGGGUUCAGUGACGCCUCUGAAAAGGCAUAUGGAGCAGUAGUUUUCAUGCGUGUCCUUGAUAAAUUAGGAAACAUCCACAUGCACUUAAUUAUCUCAAAGACAAAAGUAGCUCCAUUGAAAACAGUCAGUCUGCCACGACUUGAACUUUGUGGCGCUCUACUUCUUGCAUCACUUCUUCACUACACAAAAAAGGCAUUUAAUGUCACCGAUGAAAAAAUUAACGCCUGGUCAGACUCAAUGAUAACGUUGGCAUGGAUUCGAGAACAACCGUCCAAAUGGACCACUUUUGUCAGCAACAGGGUUGGAGAAAUCCAACGUCUGACAAGCUGUGAUAUGUGGAAACACAUUCCAACGGAUCACAAUCCAGCUGAUCUAGCAUCUAGAGGUGUAUCUCCCUCGUCUCUAGGAGCACAAAACUUAUGGUGGACAGGUCCUUCGUUCUUGCGAGAGAAAUGGAAUUUUGAAAUUCCUGAACAACCAUCCCAGUUGGAGACUGAAGAGGAGAAGCGAGCUGUAAAAAAACUGUGUAUGCAUGCUUUCUCUGAUCCAGCAGAUGAUGACAUCAAUAUAAGCAUACUAAGAUGCUCUCGACUUUCAAAGACCAUCAGAGCAAUUGCUUUCUGCUGUCGUUUUAGAUGGAACAGCCUUUCAAAGAUAAGGAAAACUCCUAAAUUAUCAGGAGAGUUAAGUUAUGGAGAGCUACAAAAUGCAGCCAUAUUGGUAACCAAAGCUGUACAAAAACUCAUAUUCAGCCAAGAACUAGACGAGUAUGAGAAUAAAAACACGAUUCCUAAAUCCCUGCUUUCACUUAAUGCCUUCAUUGAUGGUAAUGGGAUUCUCCGGGUUGGCGGUCGAUUGCAGAACACUCUUUUGUCCUACAACCAGCAGCACCCCAUCAUCCUGAAACCCAGCUACCACUUCACUGAACUUGUGAUACGAGAUGCUCACAACAAAACACUACACGGUGGAAAUCAUCAGAAUAUGGCUUAUAUUCGUAUGACCUACUGGAUUAUAAGCAUUAAACAACACGUGAAAAUACACAUUCACAAAUGUCCAACAUGCUUCAGACACAGCAGAAAAAAUCUUCAACAGCUCAUGGGAAGCCUCCCAGCACCACGAGUACGAAUGUCCCGGCCAUUCACUCACACUGGAGUGGAUUAUGCAGGUCCUAUAGAAAUUAAAGCAUGGAAAGGACGGGGAGCCAAGACCUUCAAAGGAUACUUUGCAAUUUUUAUAUGCUUGUCCACAAAGGCCAUUCAUUUGGAAACAGUAUCAGACUUGACAACUCAAGCAUUCUUGGCAGCUCUUCGUCGCUUCACUGCACGGCGAGGUUUUUGUGCUCAAAUUUAUAGUGACUGCGGCACAAAUUUCGUAGGAGCUAACCGUGAAUUAGCUCGCAUGCUGGCACAAGCUAAACACGAUUGGAAGGAAAUAGCAGGUAUUGUAGCCAAUUCAGGAACCAACUGGAAUUUUAUUCCACCAGCUUCUCCUCACUUUGGUGGUCUCUGGGAAGCUGGUGUGAAAUCCGUAAAAUAUCACCUUAAAAGAACCGUACGAGAUGAGAGGUUAACGUUCGAGGAACUCUACACCCUUCUUACACAGAUAGAAGCAUGUUUGAAUUCCAGACCUCUGUGCCCUCUGUCGGAUAAUAUUGAUGACCUAGAUGUCUUAACCCCAGGACAUUUCCUUAUUGGAGAACCCCUCCUAAGUAUACCUCAAGGGCACAUAUCAACCCCAGAAAAAAUGAGUUACCUAGACAGAUGGACGAGAACUCAAGCAUUUGUCGACUCCUUUUGGCGUAAAUGGAACGGAGAAUAUCUUUCUAGACUACAACAACGGCCUAAAUGGACAAGAAAAGAAGCCGAACCUAAAAUCGGAGGUCUGGUCUUAGUAAAAGAUGAAAGGCUACCACCAUCUCAAUGGUUGCUAGCCAGAAUCACCGAAACACAUCCUGGAGCCGAUGAACUAGUCCGAGUCGUAACCCUGAAAACCAAAACUGGAAUCAUGAAACGCCCUAUUGCAAAAAUAUGCUACCUUCCAAGCAACAAAUGCACCGAUCUAGAGACGCUUAUAUGA